UUCCUUUUGGGACGGUUCGUCUGCUCGGAGAUAUUUCCCUAACCCAGAUCUGUUUGCAGUGACUGCAGCUAGCUGGAUGGACGUUCGGGCCAGCGGUUGACUGAAGUUCCGUUCUGGUUCAGUGAUGUGAUUUGUGGUGGAUAAGUGCUGCAACUGUGGAAUUCGUCAAUUAUUAAUUUACCGGUGGUUCGGUCGUUAAAGUUCGCCUGAAAUACUGCCGAGGAAGUGCAGAGCGAUAACAGACAGAUCGUUGUCAUUCCACCGGAGGGACUUUGAAGAAGUUUGCAGCUGCUGUCACUGAUACUGCGAGGAGUUACGUCUGGUUUCCAUUGUCUGGGGAAUCGGGUGAAUAAUUAAUUCGAUAAUGAAAACAUAAUCUGAUUAAAGCUGUAGAAGAGAAGUGGGCGAAUCCAGCGAAGUAGAGUUCCCAACGGUGGUGGGCCCACUGGAGCGUGGAUGAUAUGAUUAUACCGUUCAAGUGGGAGGCACGAGAGCUCUAAUAAUGAUUAAGGGUGGCUGUUCCAGUAACCGUAAUGAUGAUAAUAACCGUGUAACGGGAUGAUGCGGAGAACUAGAGCGCGAAAACAUAUCUCACGCAUUAUCGUCAAUCGUCGGUUAUUCGGUGAUUUGCCAAUCGGUGUGAUGCGGAACACGAGUACGAGAUUUUCCGAAAAUCCGAAAGCUGCCUUCGCCGUUGCUAAUGCUGUGUAAUUCUGCGGCAAAACUAAAAUCCUAUCCGGGUAGGAUAGAGCGAGCGAGGUGCAACAGGAAAUUGGCCGUGAUUUAUGAGUUCAGUGAACAUGAUUCAGUGCAGUUCAGGCGAAGAGUUAUUGCAGCUCUAGUUCUGUGGUGGGGAGUGCGAGGGAGCUGGAACUGUGCGUCUGUAGUGCAACAGAAAGAUGCUUAGUUCCGCAAAACGUACCCAUAGCCAUAUAUCUGGUAGAGUCUGCCGUGUGUGAGUGGUUGGCAGUGAAAACGAGAAAGUUUUGUAUCGAUUGAAGUUCGGAAAGUCAGAUUACCGAAACAUCAACAGAAAAUCUCAGCUGUUAAUUUUGAAGCAGUUUGCUGCACCUUCACCUAACUCAAAUUCGUCGAUAGAUGCGCCAAAGUGGACGGAAAUUUCGACAACAGUGAAAAGUGGUUCCAUUUUUAGGAGGUGCAACAGCGCAAGUGGUGCAACUGAGUCUAAAAUACGUACAUAGUGAAUCGAGACGGAGCGCAAAAGGAGGUCACUGGGCCGGAGGCUGUGAGCGAGCACUGAAAGCAUAUUGCGUCAGCGUCGUGGCUCGAAAGACUGCAUAGUGCCAAAUCAGACUCGCGAAAGGUGCAACCAGGCUUCCUGACGAAACUGAAAACUAUUCCGGUAGCAUAGACAAGAAAUUCCUGUGGCUUUUUUGCGCUGUUCAACAAAAAAAAAUCAUCUCACCGAGUAGAAAAUAAAGUUGUUAUGCAGUUCUGGAGGGGCAGCUAAGCCGGGAUUCCCGGUGCUGGCUCGGUUUAACGACUCUGAAAAUAAUAGUCAAAAAAAGCGCUCGGGACCAACAGCAGAAGCAGAUUUUUUUCGGCAAAAUUAUGAAACGUAGCCAAAGUGGUGAAUAAAUAAAAACUACACUCUCACUCGGAAAGCGUAGCUGGCGUGAACUGAGGCACGGGUGCUGCAGAAAUCCACUCACUUGGUGCAAGUGCGCGCGAGUGUGGGACGAGGAGCAUCCAUUGUUUGUUAGUGUUUUCUGGUGUUUUUUUGUUCAUUCAUUGGUUGCAACGUGUUGCAAAAAAUUCGAGCAAAGUGAGAAGAGAGUGAAGUGGAUGUGGAAGUAGUUUCAACUUCAAUAAUCGUCCUUUUGGUGUGGCUGCUGCAGUGCAUCAUCAUCAACAUCGUCCUGACGAAGCCCGUGAGCUGAAUGCGUCGUCGUCAGAGACUUCGAAAAAGCUCAGCCGACCAGCAAGGACGAUGACGACGAGUAGGACAACGACGACGACGACCUCGGUGAGAGACGAGCUGCGGGAAGAGCGAAGCUGCUGCCGGUGGCAUCGACCGGGACAACGACGUCCGACAAACAUGGGGAUUAUUAAAAUAACAUUUUUCCUGCUCUGCUACUCGGUGGCAUCCACAAUGCUCGGAUUAGCAAAAGCCAAACACACGAGCACUCACGAGAAUCAACCCGAGCUCAAUAACGAAGCAAAUUUUCCACGAUUCGCGGAACCCAUUCCCAACAUCACGGUAACCAUCGGACGGGACGCACUGCUGGCUUGCGUGGUGGAAAACCUCAAAGGAUAUAGGGUCGCCUGGGUUCGGGUCGACACCCAGACCAUAUUAUCCAUCCAUCACAACGUGAUAACACAGAACCCUCGGAUCAGCCUGACGUACAACGACCACCGGUCCUGGUAUCUGCACAUUCGGGACGUGGAGGAGAGCGACCGGGGCUGGUACAUGUGUCAGGUCAACACCGACCCGAUGCGGUCACGGAAGGGCUACCUGCAGGUCGUCGUGCCACCGUCGAUUGUGGAGUCGCUGACGAGCAACGACAUGGUCGUCCGGGAGGGCACCAACGUGACGUUGACGUGCAAGGCGAAGGGAUUCCCGGAACCGUACGUGAUGUGGCGCCGGGAGGACGGCGACGAGAUGGCCAUCGGGGGCGAGAAUGUCAAUGUGGUGGACGGAGAGGUGUUGCACAUAACUCGAGUAAGCCGAUUGCAUAUGGCAGCAUAUCUGUGCGUGGCAUCCAACGGAGUGCCGCCGUCCAUUAGCAAACGGGUGCAGCUGAGGGUGCAAUUUCCCCCGAUGCUGUCCAUCCCGAGCCAACUGGAAGGUGCCUACCUCGGACAGGACGUUAUCCUCGAGUGCCACACGGAGGCAUAUCCGGCCUCGAUAAACUACUGGACGACGGAACGGGGUGAUAUGAUAAUUUCCGAUACUUCCCGAACGGGCGAUAAGUUCGAAACCCUGUCUCGCAACACCGGCUACACCAAGUAUAUGCAGCUGAAAAUUCGAUCCGUGGGUCCAUCGGAUUUCGGCUCCUAUCGAUGUGUGGCGAAAAACUCGUUAGGCGAAACCGACGGGCUAAUCAAGCUGGAUGAAAUACCGGCGCCUACGACAAUAUUGACAACCGAAUCGCUCUAUAACAAUCGAUCAAAAGGUCGGAAAGCAAACAAAAAGCUGGAUCCGCUGAUGGUUGGAGACUACGGUGUUGAAGAGUGGAAGGAAAAUGGCCAUCAGAUACGGCAUCCCCCGGGGGCAUUCCACAACGCGGCAGGAAGCAUUCGAUACAUCAUUGCCAGCCGUUCCAGCAGCGAAAUGUUGCUUCUAUUACUGCUGGUGCUGCUCCAGACGGUAACGACGUUACGAGGGCCCGCUUUUCGCAUCAACAGAUGAAACUGAGGAAAGCCAACGUUCCCCCUUCCCUUCGUCGCCAGCAACCAGCAGUAAUCCCACGUGCAAAUCGCCGCCAUCAUCAUCAUAUCAGCCCAUGUUUCGUUCGAUGAACCAUUAACGUCAGCGGCAGCUCUCGACCCGGUGGAAAGGACCCCCAAGGGUUCCCUGUCUUGGCCAGUUAACUGCGCCACAAUUCCAGUCGCGCUGAUCCAACACAAUCUGCUGCAAAUCAUACGCAAGCGAACGUAUAAAUAGUGAGUACAUGACCCAUGGGAAAGGUAAGUUUAUUAGCCCUGCGUUUAAGUGAAGCACACAUUGUUUGUAUACAAUCGGGAUUAGUUGUAGAGUGGGAAAUUAGGACAAUUUCUAUACAAAGAAUAGAACAAAUGCAGAGUGACAAAGAGCAAAUAUGCGCAUAUUAUAUACAAAUAGGCUAGCUGAAAGCGAGCUACAGAAUAUAUUAAGUUAGAUUGUUUGUAGUGAUACCAUGUAAAACUGAAAUCAAGAUUAGUGAAACACUAUCGGUUAGGAACAUCGAAUAUGUUGGCUGUAAAUAAACCUUAGAGAAGCUUAUAAACUUGUUUUACCCCGUAUCAGAACCUAACAGAACGACACACACACAAACAUAGGGCAACGAUAGUACCAGCCUGGUGGGAGAAGCCAAUUCUUCCUGGAAACGACUCAUCACAAAUUACCGGCAAAUUGCAAAUGCGAUAAUUGGUUAAUUCAAAACGCAUUCGCAAUGGUGGUACCUACUUGAAAUGCAUAACCAUUCCCCCCGUAAUGAAGCUUCAAUUUGUUUCAGCGAAUAAGCAAUUCAAAUUCAUUCGAGCCAUAGACAUUGCCAGCGCAGUGUAUCGUCGCGUUAUCUAUCGGCGACUGCAGAACGGGCGGUCAUAUGAACAUGAUAUUAUCUGCAAAUGUAUAUUAGAGGCGUCGACUGUUUUAACGAGCGAAAUUAGCAAUGAAGGAUACUUCAAUCAACUGAAAACAUGAAAAAAGCGAUGGAGUCGGUUCGGAAACAUUUUCUCUUUUUAAAUUCAAUGAUAAAGGGGCUGUUAAAUAAAUACAUUAAAAAAGUGUGGCAAUGGAAACAUCAUUCACAAAAUGUAUUCAUUAUCGAAGUCACUUCAGGCUUACUUCAACUUACAUUUCAUAAUAAAAAUCAAUUGACGUUCAUGGUGGUUUUAGAGUACAUUGUGGUCGCUUUUUCCCGAUUUGUUUUGGGCAGUUUCUGGCCUUAAGAUUUGUUAAAAUGUUAACCCUAAAAAAGUCCACGAAAAAUCGAAGAUGAAUCCGGAGGUGUUAAAGAUUCUGUGGAAACUGAUGUACACUGGAAAAUUGAUAGAAUCGAACAAAGUAAAAAGUGACCCCAGUGUUUUUGCGCAGCUUUGCCAGAGCGGCAUGCCGUUUUCGAUCACAGGGAGGAUGAUUUUCUUGUGGACAGCAAGAUUAUUUUUCAGGGACUAUGACGACCGUCGAUUGAUCAAAGGGUACAGUAGUUUUAACAACACGUUACACUUUGUCACUGUUAUGUCAACCUUCAUCCAUUUAUUUAGUUAACAUCUAAACAGAUAACACUGAAUCAACAAUUUGACGCCACAAUGCACGGUUUGAGGCCGCAUCUCUCCAUCCUCGGAUACGCCCCACGCUCGCCAAGUCGUUCUGCACCUGGUCUGCCCAUCUCGCUCGCUGCGCUCCACGCCGUCUCGUACCUGCCGGAUCGGAAGCGAACACCAUCUUUGCAGGGUUGCUGUACGGCAUUCUUGCAACAUGUCCUGCCCAUCGUACCCUUCCGGCUUUAGCUACCUUCUGGAUACUGGGUUCGCCGUAGAGUUGGGCGAGCUCAUGGUUCAUUCUUCGCCGCCACACACCGUCUUCUUGCACACCGCCAAAGAUGGUCCUAAGCACCCGUCUCUCGAAUACUCCGAGUGCUUGCAAGUCCUCCUCGAGCAUUGUCCAUGUUUCAUGUCCGUAGAGGACUACCGGUCUUAUUAACGUCUUGUACAUGACACAUUUGG